GGCAAAGGAGAAGACUCCAUCCAAGUGAGCGCAUCGCCUGCCUCUCCGAGCUCCGGCUGGUUUCUCUCCGCCCAGCCUCCUCCGCGGGACCCGACGCAGCGCAGUGCCCGAGCCGCCCUGCAGAUGGGGUGGGCAGGGAACGGGCGCCUAGGACGCGGGUGACAGGCGCCGGCCCGCCCGCCUGCCGGGCUCAGUGCGGGGGGACCGGGCGGGCAGAGGAUGUGAAGCACCGGGACAGUGAGUGAGAGCGGGCUCUGAGAUCGCCGAGGGAGCGCAAGGGUUCCAAGUUGGAUGGCCCGCAGCCGGCUCCAGCUCCAGCUCCCGGGACCGCUCCCCCGCGUCUAGCGGAGCUCCGCGCGGGACCUGGGGGGCGGAGACCUUAGGCUGCGGCUGCAGGCGGACCAGCCGGGCGGGCGCAGGAGGGGGCGCGCUUUCUCCCUGCGGGUCUCAGUAAUGAGGAGACUGAGUUUGUGGUGGCUGCUGAGCAGGGUCUGUCUGCUGCUGCCGCCGCCGCCCUGCGCCCUGGUGCUGGCCGGAGUGCCCGGCUCCUCCUCGCACCCGCAGCCCGGCCAGAUCCUCAAGCGCAUCGGGCACGCGGUGAGGGUGGGCGCGGUGCACUUGCAGCCCUGGACCACGGCCCCCAGCCCCGCCAACCGCUCUCCGGACGGCAGCCGGGCUGGCGUGCAGCGAGAUGAACCCGACCCGGGAUCUUGGCGGCCCCCGGUGCCCUCUCCGGGCGCACGCUGGUUGGGAAGCGCCCUCCACGGCAGCAGGGGCCCUCCAGGCGUCCGGAAAGCUGGGGAGGGCGCCGCGGCAGAGACCCUGUGGCCACGGGACGCCCUCCUGUUCGCUGUGGACAACCUGAACCGCGUGGAGGGGCUGCUGCCCUACAACCUGUCUUUGGAAGUCGUGAUGGCCAUCGAGGCGGGCCUGGGCGACCUGCCGCUCCUGCCCUUUUCCUCGCCUAGCUCGCAGUGGAGCAGUGACCCUUUCUCCUUUCUGCAAAGCUUGUGCCACACCGUCGUGGUGCAAGGGGUCUCGGCCCUCCUCGCCUUCCCCCAGAGUCAGGGCGAGAUGAUGGAGCUCGACUUGGUCAGCUCCGUCCUGCAUAUCCCAGUCAUCAGCAUCGUGCGCCACGAGUUUCCGCGCGAGAGUCAGAAUCCCCUUCACCUACAACUGAGUUUAGAAAAUCCAUUAAGUUCUGAUGCUGAUGUCACUGUCUCAAUCCUGACAAUGAACAACUGGUACAAUUUUAGCUUGUUGCUGUGCCAGGAAGACUGGAACAUCACCGAUUUCCUCCUCCUUACCCAGAACAAUUCCAAAUUUCACCUUGGGUCUAUCAUCAACAUCACUGCCAACCUAUCCUCCACUGAGGACCUCUUAAACUUCCUUCAAGUCCAACUUGAGAGCAUAAAGAACAGUACAUCUACCAUUGUGAUGUUUGGCUGCAACAUGGAAAGUAUUCGUCGGAUCUUUGAAAUAACCACCCAGUUCGGGGUGAUUCCCCCUGAGCUGCGUUGGGUUUUGGGAGAUUCUCAGAAUGUUGAAGAACUGAGGACAGAAGGUCUGCCCUUAGGGCUCAUUGCUCAUGGAAAAACUACACAGUCUGUCUUUGAGUACUAUGUACAAGAUGCCAUGGAAUUGGUUGCAAGAGCUGUAGCCACGGCCACCAUGAUCCAACCAGAACUCGCUCUCAUUCCCAGCACUAUGAACUGCAUGGAUGUGAAAGCAGCAAAUCUUACAUCAGGACAAUACUUAUCAAGGUUUCUAGCCAACACCACUUUCAGAGGCCUCAGUGGUUCCAUCCGAGUAAAAGGUUCCACUAUCAUCAGCUCAGAAAAUAAUUUUUUCAUCUGGAAUCUACAACAUAACCCCAUGGGACAGCCAAUGUGGACUCGCUUGGGUAGUUGGCAGGGAGGAAAGAUUGUCAUGGACUAUGGAAUAUGGCCAGAGCAAGCCCAGAGGCACAAAACCCACUUCCAGCACUCAAGUAAGCUGCAUCUAAGAGUGGUUACAUUGAUAGAACAUCCAUUUGUCUUCACACGGGAGGUUGAUGAUGAAGGCUUGUGCCCCGCUGGUCAACUCUGUCUAGACCCCUUAACUAAUGACUCUACAAUAUUGGACAGCCUUUUUAGCAGCCUCCAUAGCAGUAAUGACACUGUGCCCAUCCAAUUCAAGAAGUGCUGUUAUGGAUAUUGCAUUGAUCUGCUGGAAAAGCUAGCAGAAGACAUGAACUUUGACUUUGACCUCUACAUUGUUGGAGAUGGAAAAUAUGGCGCUUGGAAAAAUGGCCACUGGACUGGGCUGGUUGGUGAUCUCCUGGGUGGAUCAGCUCACAUGGCAGUCACUUCCUUCAGCAUUAAUACCGCACGAAGCCAGGUGAUAGAUUUCACUAGUCCUUUUUUCUCCACAAGCUUGGGCAUCUUAGUGAGGACACGAGACACAGCAGCUCCCAUUGGAGCCUUCAUGUGGCCACUCCAUUGGACAAUGUGGCUGGGGAUUUUUGUGGCUCUGCACAUCACUGCCAUCUUCCUCACUCUCUAUGAAUGGAAGAGCCCCUUUGGUAUGACUCCCAAAGGUCGGAAUAGAAGUAAAGUCUUCUCCUUCUCUUCAGCCUUGAAUGUCUGUUAUGCCCUCUUGUUUGGUAGAACAGCAGCCAUUAAACCCCCUAAGUGCUGGACUGGAAGAUUUCUGAUGAAUCUUUGGGCCAUUUUCUGUAUGUUUUGCCUUUCCACAUACACAGCCAACUUAGCUGCUGUCAUGGUAGGUGAGAAGAUCUAUGAAGAGCUUUCUGGAAUACAUGACCCUAAGCUGCACCAUCCUUCACAAGGCUUCCGCUUUGGAACUGUCCGAGAAAGCAGUGCUGAAGAUUAUGUGAGGCAAAGUUUCCCAGAGAUGCAUGAGUAUAUGAGAAGGUACAAUGUACCAGCGACCACUGAUGGAUUAGAGUAUCUGAAGCAUGAUCCAGAGAAACUAGACGCCUUCAUCAUGGACAAAGCCCUUCUGGAUUAUGAAGUGUCAAUAGAUGCUGACUGUAAACUUCUAACUGUGGGGAAGCCAUUUGCCAUAGAAGGAUACGGUAUUGGUCUCCCACCCAACUCGCCACUGACCUCCAAUAUAUCAGACCUAAUCAGUCAAUACAAGUCACAUGGAUUUAUGGAUGUGCUGCAUGACAAGUGGUACAAAGUGGUUCCUUGUGGCAAGAGAAGUUUUGCUGUUACUGAGACCCUGCAGAUGGGCAUCAAACACUUUUCUGGACUCUUCGUGCUGCUCUGUGCUGGAUUUGGUCUGUCUAUAUUGACCACCAUUGGUGAACACAUAGUGUACAGGCUGCUGCUCCCACGAAUCAAGAACAAAUCCAAGCUGCAGUACUGGCUCCAUACCAGUCAGAGGUUACAUAGAGCACUGAAUGCCUCAUUUGUAGAGGAAAAGCCACCGCGUUUCAAAACCAAACGUGUGGAAAAGAGGUCCAACUUGGGACCGCAUCAGCUUACCGUGUGGAAUACUUCCAAUCUGAAUCAUGACAACCCACGCAAGUACAUCUUCAGCGAAGAGGGAGGACAAAACCAGCUGGGCAUCCAGUCCCCCCAAGACAUCCCUCUUCCACCCAGAAGGAGAGAGCUCCCUGCCUCCCUAACCACCAAUGGGAAAGCAGACUCCCUGAGUGGGGGGCAAAACUCAGUGAUGCAGGAACUCUCGGAGCUGGAGAAACAGAUCCAGGUGAUCCGGCAGGAGCUGCAGCUGGCUGUGAGCAGAAAAUCGGAGCUGGAGGAAUAUCAGAGGACAAACUGGACUUGCGAGUCCUAGGUGAUUUGCUCCUCGAGGCCAUCCCUGGCAUUCCUCUGAGCCCUGGACACUUUGUAAUGUUCUUUUGUAACCACCGAAGUGUGGGCAGGUAAAGACAAGGUCUUUAGAAGUUCAGCUGCCCUCUUCCACCUGAAAAGCAGCUGUAGCUCUUCCCACGCACGCUCCCUAGGUCUCCAGGGUAGGGGCUCUCAUCAAGGCAGGCUCCUUAGUUGGGAAGCAGUCAGCUCCUUGUAAAGAAUCUGUGAUGAAUCAGCCAAGCCCAGCUCCUGUUAACCUUUUCACCAGGUGCCACAGUAAUAUUUCUGGUUUUUAGCCCUUUCUCUGCACUAUCAACGACAAGAGAUAAAAUUGUGACUCAUACCCAGGUCUUUCUGGGUGGUUAGUUUUCAUCUUAGCGUCGAACAAGGUGAUGCAGGGUUGUGACUUCUAAUACAACUCCCCACUUUGAUUUGUUCCAGUAUUCUGAAUGCAGUAAGAACAAGGUAAGGGCGAGAGAAACUUAGGAAAGAUGUGGAACUUGGCUAAUUAACCCAACUCACAGGCUUCUCAACAGGCCACUGAGCUAGGAAAUCAGGACAGAACCAGGCGUUGAGUAGAUCCUGGAUUUCCAGGUCCAUCCUGAUACACAUAUUAAAGGAAUGUGUUUUCAAGCCAUUCUGAAGGGGGACAGGGUUGUAGUGCAUGGCAACAGAGAAUUAGGAGAGGGGAGAUAACAGUGGACACUGUGCUUUUAGAAUACAGUCUCUGAAAAAGUUGUACAACAUUUUGGCUAGAAUGAAUAGAAUGAUACUUUUCAUCCAACUGAGCAUUGCCACUAUUCUGUGUGCCUUUUAUAAAGGAAAAGAUGCAAGAGGAAAACAAAGCAAGAAUGUGACCUUAGGAGGAAACCUGAGUCUCUCUAAUUGUCGGAGAGGAGAAGGGAGCUGGCACUGUGGUUUAUGGCAAAGCCUCUGUCCACCACACUAGGCCAUUUUCAGAUCAGUAGUCACCUCAAUCUGCACUAUAGACAUCCCAGAAGUGACCCUCAUGCUUCAGCAGUUAGCAACAUGCCCUGUUUUAUUUUUCAUAUCUGUAUCAAUAACUAUUAAGCCAAUCUUCCAGCAGCACAUGUCCCAUUUCUGAAGAGCCAAGAAUAGGUUUGCUCCAGCAGC